AUGAAGGACAUGGAAGUGAGAUCUCGUUCAGCUGCCUGGACCGUGACUGCAGAUAUGUGGGCCCCACACAACCUGAAGAUGAACCUGAUCAAAAAUCCAUGUGCUCUGGAGGAUUUCAAGCACUGGACCAUAGAUGAAAAUGGUGGUGAUCGCUGGAAGGUUGAAGAUUUGCCCGGAGAGCAUGGAGAGCCUUUUCCAAAUCCAGCUGUGACCAAAUACUUUGUGACAUCUCAUGAGUCCUGCAAGAAGUCUCAGCUCAUUGACCUGAACAAUGAGGGGUUCAGCGCAGCAGUCAUGGACAAAUUCCAACCAGCUAUUGUCAUCACAGACUGGUAUGGAGCUAGGAAGGACUGUGGCUGCAGAUAUGAGUUGGCGAUCCGACUACUUUGUGAAAAAAAGCGUGUCUUACAGGAGUUUAUCCCACCACCAGUGGACAUACCAAAAGGGAGCGACUGCCAAUGGCGAUAUGUAAUGCACUCAUUCAGUAAAUAUGGACCAGGAGUGCGCUAUAUAUCUUUUCAGCAUGGCGGGAAGGACACGCAGAACUGGGCCGGCUGGUAUGGACCUCGAGUGACCAACAGCAGCGUCUCCAUAGAGCUUUAA